GGGCGGUCCCCCCUAGCUCAGGCACACGCGGGUUGGGUUGCGCUGCGGGGCGAAGUUGCUGUGAAGGCGCAGAGGCGAAGGUGGCGGCAUCGACGGAGACGGCGGAGGAAUGCGAGGCGCCGCGGCUGCUUCUGAGGCGAGAGAGGCUUCGUCUCGAGCCGUCCGCGUGGCCGCUGAGUACCGCAGUCUGCAUCUCCUCGUUUGAGCCGAUGAAGAGACAUCAUCAUCACUCCAUAAGGGAAUUUCCUUGCCAUCGCUUUCUCAUGUCAUUAUGGAUUACUAAUGGACUGUGUGCUUUAAAAUGGGAUUUAAAAUGAGAAGUGGCCAUCCAGGCCAUGCACCCUGAGCAUCCUUCCAGCCUCUUCCUUCUCUGCUGUUUUUGUUAGACAUUCAUGUAAACACAUGCAAACUAUUGCACUGGUCUUUUUCCAACCAGAGAUUCCCCUACAUCUGUGGAGCCUUUAGGUUUGUUGACUCUUCAUCAUUAUGGCUUCAGUGUGGAAAAGACUGCAACGUGUUGGGAAACAUGCAUCCAAGUUCCAGUUUGUGGCCUCUUACCAGGAGCUGAUGGUUGAGUGCACCAAGAAAUGGCAACCAGAUAAAUUGGUGGUGGUUUGGACAAGAAGAAGUCGUAGAAAAUCUUCUAAGUCUCAUAGCUGGCAGCCAGGGAUAAAAAAUCCAUACCGUGGAGUUGUCGUGUGGCCUGUUCCUGAAAACAUUGAAAUCACUGUAACACUUUUCAAGGAUCCCCAUGCUGAGGAAUUUGAAGACAAGGAAUGGACAUUUGUCAUAGAAAACGAAUCUCCUUCUGGACGCCGGAAAGCUCUUGCUACAAGCAAUAUUAACAUGAAGCAAUAUGCCAGUCCAAUGCCUACACAGACAGAUGUCAAGUUGAAAUUCAAGCCUUUGUCUAAGAAAGUUUUAUCUGCCACCCUGCAGUUUUCUUUAUCAUGUAUUUUUCUGAGGGAAGGAAAAGCAACGGAUGAAGACAUGCAAAGCCUUGCAAGUCUGAUGAGCAUGAAACAAGCAGAUAUUGGAAAUUUAGAUGAUUUUGAAGAAGAUAAUGAAGAUGAUGAAGAGAAUAGAGUAAACCAGGAAGAAAAGGCAGCAAAAAUUACAGAAUUUGUAAACCAGUUGAAUGCUCUGAGCAGCUUAGAUGAAGAUCAAGAUGACUGCAUAAAGCACACAAAUAUGCUUUCAGCUAAAUCAGCCAGUUCCUCUGAAGAACUUAUCAACAAGCUUAAUUUCCUGGAUGAAGAAGAUGAAGUCUUGGCUAAUUCCCGUUCAAAUCCAUUUGUAGAUCCUGACAGAAUGGAUCUAAACCCCUUUGAAGACUCUGAUAUGGAAGAACCAGUUAUGAAGAAGACUUCAUCUUCAAAAUUAGAAGAACCUUUCUAUGAUGACGAUGACGAUGAUGAAUAUAACCCAUUUAAAGAAGAAGCUGUUGAGUAUGUAAACCCUUUUGAUGAGCCAGAGCCUGAACCUGAGAUGGUAGCAUCCAUGAAAGACUUUCCUCCUCAACCAGCAAAAAGAAAAAAUAUUCAGCCUGUGGAUAUGAGCAAAUACCUUUAUGCAGACAAAUCAAAAGCAUCUGAAGAAGAGUUAGAUGUAUCAAACCCAUUUUAUGAACCAAAAUCAAGUUCUGCUUUAAAUAAUCAAGUUACUUCACUACAAGAAAUGGAAAGGAAAAUGAAAAGAAAAGCUCCUGAACCACCCGUCCUCUCACCAAAGACAGAAAGGGAAACAAGUGAGAACACGUCAGCUAUUCAUGCAGUGAAAGAUCUUUCUUCUUCUCCCAAGCCCAGCCCAAUACCAAGUCCUGUUUUGGGGAAGAAGCCAAAUGCGAGUCAGUCACUGCUGGCUUGGUGCAAAGAAGUUACAAAAAACUAUAGGGGAGUAAAAAUCACCAAUUUCACUACAUCUUGGCGGAAUGGAUUAUCCUUUUGUGCAAUAUUACACCAUUUUAGGCCUGACCUAAUUGACUACAAGUCCCUGAAUCCUCAAGAUAUUAAGGAGAACAACAAAAAGGCCUACGAUGGAUUCGCCAGUAUAGGAAUAUCUCGACUCCUAGAACCUUCUGAUAUGGUUUUGUUAGCAAUUCCUGACAAACUUUCUGUCAUGACCUAUCUUUAUCAAAUACGGGCACAUUUCAGUGGUCAGGAGCUAAAUGUUGUUCAGAUUGAAGAGAACAGUAGCAAAAGCACAUACAAAGUGGGCAACUAUGAAACAGAUCCAAACAGCUCUGUGGAUCAGGAAAAGUUCUAUGCAGAACUUAAUGACCUUAAACACGAGCCAGAACAACAGCCACCUGAAGGGGACAUGGCUGGUUUUGUUUUUGAUGACGCCAUGUUUCUUAAUCACAGUGGAGUUACAGAGCCAAAAAGAGAACACCAGUCUUCAUAUCAGCAUCAAAUGACAGAUGACAAUCUUGACCCCUGUGUGAUUUCUCCUCCCUCCCAAAGGACUAACAGUGAUAUAGGUCAACAGAAAAGCCAAGAGAACUUGGGAAGGGCUUCUGGAUAUGAGGAAACUGAGAAAAGCAAUAAGACACAAGUACCACCUCUGUUGGGAAGAAGGAAACUACUAAAAGCAGAUACUCUAGAUCUUAGUGAUUUGGCACAAGUUGAGGAUCCAAAAAUGGACACAUUUUCAACGUUACAUGAAGACACUGACAAGAAGGGACACCAGAAUUCUGGCACUACUAUUAAUUUUUCAGAACCAGAAAAUCUUGGGCAACCAGAUCAAAAACAAAGUGGGAAACUGGAUUCUGAAUCACAUGUUCAAAAAUCUGAUUUAGAAGAAGGAGGUAAAUCUGGAUUUUCUCAUAACAGGAAUGAGGAUAUUGAUAAAAAAUUACAUUUGACUGAGAGGCAAAUAGAGACUGAUUUUGAAACAAAGAUGAUUCUACGUCCGAUGGAUCUGCCUGCAAAAACCACACAGCAACGAAUGUUAUCAAGACAGGAAGAAUUAAAAGAACGGGCAAGAAUUCUGCUUGAACAAGCAAGAAGAGAUGCAGCUUUAAAGGCAGGAAACAGACAGUUCUCCAGCACAACUACACCAGGACGCUCUAAACAACUGAAUGAUCAGCAAGAUGAAGAACGGCGUCGGCAGCUGAGAGAGAGAGCUCGUCAGCUAAUAGCAGAAGCUCGAUCUGGAGUGAAGAUGUCAGAACUUCCCAGCUACAGUGAAAUGGCUGCAGAAAAGUUGAAAGAAAGGUCAAUGGCAUCUGGAGAUGAGGAUCAAAAUGAUAAUACUGAGAUAGUUACUAAUGAGAAGAUUCCUGAAUGCACUGUUACUGGUGAUGGUGAAGAUCAACAUACUAAUCUAGGAAAUGACCUUAACUCUGAUGCUGAACAGAACAGCAAGUUGGUGGAUCUGAAGUUGAAGAAGCUCCUAGAAGCUCAGGCACAGAUGGCAAAUUCAGUUUCCAGUGCUGCUCAGAAAGCCCUUGAUGACAGAAUGGUGCAAGAGUUGAAGAAUGAAACAGAAGAGCAUCGUGCUGAGAGGCUACAAAAAGGAACAGAACGUUUUAGAAAUCCUGUUGUGUUCAGCAAGGAUUCUACAGUCAGAAAAACUCAGCUUCAGUCAUUCAGUCAAUAUGUUGAAAACAGACCAGAGAUGAAAAGGCAGAGAUCAAUACAGGAAGAUACAAAGAGAGGAAAUGAGGAGAAGGCAGCGAUAACUGAAACUCAGAGGAAGCCAUCAGAAGAUGAAGUGCUUAAUAAAGGGUUCAAAGACACCAGUCAGUAUGUUGUAGGAGAAUUGGCAGCACUAGAGAAUGAGCAAAAGCAAAUUGACACCCGUGCCGCGCUGGUGGAGAAGCGCCUUCGCUAUCUCAUGGACACAGGAAGAAACACUGAAGAAGAAGAAGCUAUGAUGCAAGAAUGGUUCAUGCUAGUCAAUAAGAAAAAUGCCUUAAUAAGAAGAAUGAAUCAACUCUCCCUCCUAGAGAAAGAACAUGAUCUAGAAAGGAGGUACGAACUGCUGAACAGAGAGCUAAGAGCGAUGCUUGCCAUUGAAGACUGGCAAAAGACCGAAGCCCAGAAGAGGCGGGAGCAGCUUUUGCUGGAUGAACUGGUUAUUCUUGUGAAUAAGCGUGAUGCGCUGGUCCGAGAUUUAGAUGCCCAAGAAAAACAAGCUGAAGAAGAAGACGAGCAUUUGGAAAGGACUCUUGAGCAAAACAAAGGAAAGAUGGCCAAGAAAGAAGAGAAAUGUGUCCUUCAGUGACCAGCUUCCACUGGGCAAGCCUUGUGUCAUGUUUUAUAGUCUAAUCCUCCUUUCAGGUUGGAAAUCUUGACAACCAGACGAGAGGAAUGAUGUUUCAGAAACUGUUGAAGCGGUUGGCUAGACCAGCUUUUACCUGAAUUGUUUUCGGAUUCUUCCUUCUUUCCCCAUCUCUCCCCCUUCCAUUGAAGCAAUAUUACUUCCAAACUAGCUUAUCACUGGGACUUACUUGCCGGUUUAGAUGUAAUGAUUUCAAGUCAGCUUGCUUCCAAGUAUCGCUACAAGCCUAGGGUUGCUUGUCUGGGGAUAACCUGACAAAUGUUCCUUGUCGAAAGAACUUGCAAAUAUACCCUGUGUAUAAUAUCCUAGCAUUGCAGAGCAGAGGAGGGAGAAAAAACCAUUCUGAAUUAUUUUGUGUAGUCCCGACAUGUGUAAUAUUUAAUAUGCUACCUACAAUUUUAUAGUUAGCUCAUGCUUAGACCAUUGAGUAUUACAGCGUGCUAUACCUACCAAUGUUUUCUUUCAGCAGCAAUUUUACUCUUACUGUACGUAUAAACUUUUAAGGCUUUCCGUUGUGUUCAGAGGGCUGCCCUUUUUAACCCGAGAGCCUUGUGAGCUGAAGAAGUGAUUGUAAAGAUAAGACUUACUGACCCACCGUGUGAUCGGUUUACAGCCACAACAAAAAAAUCUUCUUUCAAAGUUAUCCCAUGUGUCCAUUAAUUAUUUAUUUGCCGCUUUUGUUGGACCUCUGCAUUCUGGAUCCACAACGCUGUUAAUAUUUAUUCUGUAUCCAUCAGGGGCCUGUCUGUCUUGCCAUUCUUUGCAGCAACAACAGAAGCAAAAAAAGACUUGCCAGUUAAUAUAUCCUUCUCUGAUAAUCCUGCUCAUUUUUGUGGAAACUGUUGUGUUUAUUUAUUAUAAUACCAAAUUAUGUACAUAUUUUCAAUAAAGCUGGAUCUUUCUUACCAUAA